UCCACCUCUGCCGCCCAAGGAUCCUAAAAAAGGUGCAAACUUUAGUACAGAUAGGGAAUGGAUGAUCAAAGCCAAGCCGGUACUUCCUGUUGCCCGGGGGCUAUAUAUAACGUGAUGACUGCUCAGGCUGCGGAGACAGAGACGCACUGGAGCGCUCGCCCCGCCGCUGCCGCCACCGCCACCGCCGCCUCCAAGCGCCUGAGGUUUCCCGGGGACCACAAUGAACAAGUUGCUGUGCUGCGCGCUCGUGUUCCUGGACGUUUCCAUUAAAUGGACCACCCAGGAAACAUUUCCUCCCAAGUACCUUCAUUAUGACCCAGAAACCUCUCGUCAGCUUAUGUGUGACAAAUGUCCUCCUGGCACCUACCUAAAGCAACACUGUACAGCAAGGUGGAAGACCGUGUGUGCCCCCUGUCCUGACAACUACUACACAGACACCUGGCACACCAGUGACGAGUGUUUGUACUGCAACUCCGUGUGCAAGGAGCUGCAGUAUGUCAAGCAGAACUGCAAUCGCACCCAGAAUCUCGUGUGCGAAUGCGAAGAAGGGCGCUACCUCGAGGUUGAGUUCUGCCUGAAGCACCGGAGCUGUCCCCCUGGAUUUGGAGUGCUACAAGCUGGAACCCCAGAGCGAAAUACAGUUUGCAAAAGAUGUCCAGAUGGGUUCUUCUCGAAUGAGACGUCAUCAAAAGCACCCUGUAGGAAACACACCAACUGCAGUGCACUGGGUCUCCUUCUGACUCAGAAAGGAAAUGCAAUGCAUGACAAUGUAUGUUCUGGAAACAGUGAAUCGACUCACAAAUGCGGAAUAGAUGUCACCCUGUGUGAGGAGGCGUUCUUCCGGUUUGCUGUUCCUACCAAGUUUACCCCUAACUGGCUCAGUGUCCUGGUGGACAACCUGCCUGGCACCAAAGUCAAUGCAGAGAGUCUGGAGAGGAUAAAGCGGAGACACAACUCACAAGAACAGACUUUCCAGCUGCUGAAGUUGUGGAAACAUCAAAACAAAGACCAAGAUAUGGUCAAGAAGAUCAUCCAAGAUAUCGACCUCUGCGAAAACAGUGUGCAGAAACACAUCGGGCACACAAAUCUCACCUUCGAACAGCUCUGCAGCUUGAUGGAAAGCUUGCCAGGGAAGAAAGUCAUGACAGAAGACAUUGAAAGAACAAUGAAGGCGUGCAAAUCAAAUGAGCAGUUACUGAAGCUGCUCAGCCUGUGGAGAAUAAAAAAUGGCGACCAAGACACUCUAAAGGGCCUAAUGCACGCACUAAAGCACUUGAAAACAUACCACUUUCCCAAAACUGUCACUCAGAGUCUGAAGAAGACCAUCAGGUUCCUUCACAGCUUCACGAUGUACAGAUUGUAUCAGAAGCUAUUUUUAGAAAUGAUAGGGAACCAGGUCCAAUCAGUAAAAGUAAGCUGCUUAUAACUGGAAACGGUCAUUGGGCUGUUUCCUCACAAUGGACCAGAUCCGAUGGAUGAGUAAACUGUUUCUCAGGCACUUGAGGGGGGUAAAAUGAUUUCUUUCUCAUCACCAAGGACGAGCUUUGGCCCCAAGGCAUGGGAAGAAACUAUGGUGUGGAGAAAGAACUAACUUCUCCCCUAAAAGUUCAAUAAACCCCAAAUAGUUUAUCCAACUGACAGAUCUGGUCCAGUAUCUACUGACUUUAUUUUCCCUUAUUACUGUUGCAGUAAUUCAACUGGAAA